AGAAUUUAUUUUUAGUUGUUGUCGAAGGCAUUUUGAAAAUUUAAUUGACCAUCAGCUAUGUGCAGGCUACAUUCCAGGUGCUAAUUAAAAUGAAGUAGUAGCUAUUUUUGCUUAGGUGGCAGCACUUAAUUUUGCGAAGUUGUCUGGUAGCAUUGGAAAUACGCCAUUUUUUCUUUCUCCUCUUCACACGACAUUGUCAAACGUUUUCACUCGAGAAUAUUUCAUAUAUUGGUGCGGAGCAUAAUUUGGUAAUGAUUUUGAAAGAGGAAAUUACUUAAGAAAUCUCACCAAGUUGCACCACAAUAGCUGAAAAACAUUUGGAAUAUAUUAUGUUUAAAAUUUCAAUAACAUUGUGAGUGUGGAAAAGUUAUAAAGCUUGGAAAUAUUGAAAGAAAAGGAGCUACCGAAAGAAUUGGAAUUUGUCGUGUGAAGGGCGACCGUAAAUCGAGUCAAAGCAGCUACAACGUUGCGUACAGAUAGCAAAAUCAUUGGCUAUUUUUGCUGAUUUCAACGUGAUUCACAUUUUGCAACAUGUCUGGCAGUGAGGAUGGACAAUUACAAAGUCCUGGCUACGAUAACUAUGCAUUAAGCGGCGAGGAAGAUGCAGACUCGUUGGACAUCAAGCCUCCUCAGGCGAAUGUGUUGCACGCUCGUGGUUCCGCUGAAUCGAGGCGCAAAGACAAAACGGCAAAAGAGAAAAAACAUUCCAAAGAGAAAAAACACCGUAGCGAAAGAGAGCGUGCUAGUGACCGUGAACGCGCUGAGAGGGAGCGAAAUUUACGCGACCGCGAAACCAGGGAACCACAUGGCCGAGACAUGCGCAACGAUCGCGGAGGAGGCACACGUCUUGGCGCGGAUAUUGAACGAAACCGAGAUCACCGAAGAGGCGGAGAGGAGCGUGAGGAAAUGGUGCGCUAUCACCAGCGUGGCAGUGGCUAUGAACGCGAUGACGGCGCACCCAGAGAUAUGAUGACGAAUAGUGAGCGUCGUUAUGCGAAACACUAUGACCCGCACAAUAAUGAAGUGCGUAGGAAUAGUGGCGGCAGCGGCGGCGGUUAUCAUCAGCAAUAUCAACAUCCCCAUAUAGCGCGCCAGCGACAGGAUUACUAUGAGCGCAAUUCUGGUGGAAGUGGGUACCAUCACGGCGGUGUUGACUACUACAACAAUCGACAUCAACAGCAGCAGCCUCAACAGUAUGGUGGCGGUGGUAAACACGCGCAUAUGGAGUACAGCGAGGUCAGCUUUGAGAUGCAGCGCGAGCGUCGUAAGUACAACUAUGACACGCAAAAUGACUCGGAGAGUAUCGAACAGGAUUUGCGUUCGCGUUUGCUUAGUAAGAGGCACAAAUUUGUAAAGGGCAGUGGUGGCGAUGUCAUUGAGUUGACGGAAAACUAUGAGUCAACCUCAACGUUACAACGUCAAAGAUAUAGCGAUGGUGAACGCAAUGAGCGCUAUCGUCAGAAGCGUGAAAAAGUGCGCGAGUCUGUUAUAGAGGUACUCGAUAGUCCUGAGGUGGUUGAGCUUGAAGGUGCAGGCACAGAGGAAGAAGAAGCGCGUCGCCAACGGCGCAAGCAUAAGCGACGCAAUAAGGAGCGAGAAAUGGUGCAGUUAGAGGCGGUGGUGACGACCGAACAAGUGGAACGCUCGGAAAAACGAAAAACGCCCGAUGAUCCUGAGGUGUUAUCGCGCCGCGAAAAAAUACUUGCGGUUGAACGUGAGAAGGAAAAACGUAAAGAGAUGGCUCGUGAGGAGUUAGAAGCGCGUCGGCGUGCUCGAAAUGCGUUGAGUCCAAGUGCGGUGGCAGCUUCCGUCACUGCUGGGCUAAACGUUAUGAAGCGCAAGAAAACGGAAAAUGUAAUUGAGCACGAAAUAAAAAGUAAACGAUCAAAGAAGACGGUGGCUUCUAAAGAGCGCAGUGACGAAGAGGAAGAAGGCGAGGCGAUAGACACUGAUGAAGAAGAAGAAGAAAACGAAAGUGAGGAUAUGGAAACGCAGAGCGGUAGUGGUGAUAGUGAAAGUGAUAGCGACAGCCAUUCUGAGGAAGAAGGUGUUAUUGGGCGGCAUGAAAAGCAUCACCGUAAACGUAGCAAAAUAGAAAAGAAGCGAAAGAAGAAACAUCGAGGCCACAAAUCGGUUGACAAUGGUACUAACGAUGAGGUCGAUGAUGAAGCGGAGGAUUUGGAUCUACCCGAAAGCCCGCUCUCUAUUGGUGAACUUUCUAAAUCCCCUCGGCGCCAACAUCGCGCAAAGAAGCACAAGAAAAAGAAAAGCAAAAAACGUAUCGAAGCAAAUGAUGAUGAUGAAGAUGGCGAGCAACGUUCAUCACGAUCAAGAUCACGCUCCGUCCACUCGUGUUCACGCUCACGUUCAGCUUCGCGCUCGCGUUCACGUUCACAUACACCCCGUCACAAGAGCUCACAUUCACGAUCGCGUUCUCUUUCAGGCUCUUCGCGACGACAUACAACGCGCUCACGUUCACGAUCCCGCUCAAAUUCGCAUUUUGACUCGCGUUCAGAGUCAUCGCGCUCACAUUCGGGCUCCUCAGGAUCACUUUCGCGAUCAAAAUCGAGAACACGUUCACGCUCACGCUCAGAAGAACGUGACAUGAGUUCAGCGCAUAAAACAGAGGAAGAGGCCACAGCCGGGGGUACUAAGCGCCGUGUAGAAGGCCGCGAUGAUUCGCCUGCCCGCGAUGACAAGGGCGCGCCGCUACCCGACUACUAUCCGGGCAUACAGGGCUGCCGCUCCGUCGAGGAGUUUCAAUGUUUAAAUCGCAUUGAAGAAGGAACUUACGGCGUAGUUUACCGCGCUAAAGACAAACGUACAAACGAGAUAGUAGCCUUAAAACGGCUAAAAAUGGAGAAGGAAAAAGAAGGCUUCCCCAUAACGUCGCUGCGUGAAAUCAACACGCUACUUAAGGGGCAGCACCCGAAUAUAGUGACAGUUCGCGAGAUAGUGGUCGGUUCAAAUAUGGAUAAGAUCUUCAUUGUUAUGGACUAUGUGGAACAUGACCUCAAGUCGCUUAUGGAGACUAUGAAAGCGCGCAAGCAAUUUUUCCUUCCUGGUGAAGUGAAAUGUCUGACGCAGCAGUUACUGCGUGCAGUUGGUCAUUUACACGAUAAUUGGAUAUUGCAUCGCGAUUUAAAAACCUCCAAUUUGCUGCUUUCUCACAAAGGUAUAUUGAAAGUAGGUGAUUUUGGGUUGGCUCGUGAAUAUGGUUCGCCGCUGAAAAAGUACACAUCACUGGUGGUCACAUUGUGGUACCGCGCACCGGAACUGCUGCUCUGCUCACCGGAAUAUUCGACACCUAUUGAUAUUUGGUCGGUGGGUUGCAUUUUUGGCGAGUUUCUUCAAAUGGCGCCACUUUUUCCAGGCAAAACAGAGACGGAUGAACUAAACAAAAUUUUUAAGGAACUGGGCACACCAAACGAACGCAUUUGGCCUGGCUACAAGGAUUUGCCUCUCGUCCGGAAUAUGUUAAGUCAAAACUCACAAUUCGCCGACUAUCCUGUUUCCAAUUUACGCAGGCGUUUCGCCGAAAAAACCACCGACAUAGGUAUUGAGUUGAUACAGGGUCUUCUUACCUACGAUCCCAAGAAAAGACUGACCGCCGAAGCUGCCCUAAAACAUGGCUACUUCAAUGAGCUACCCCUGCCCAUCGAUCCGUCCAUGUUCCCCACAUGGCCGGCGAAAAGUGAGUUAGGUGCGCGAAAAGCACUUGCCUCUUCACCUAAGCCGCCUUCGGGUGGAUCGCAAUUCAAGCAGUUGGGACGAGACGAAAUAAUUGUGGGAGGUAAUGGUGGCGGUAGCAGCACUGCGACUGGCGUUGCUGCCGGCAAUAGCAAAGUAAUAUCUGGUAUUAUAACUGGUAACAAGAAGACCGCUACGAACACCGGCUUUGUGCUAAACGCAGGCACUGAGCAACGUCAACUAGCCAUGGGCCCUGGAUUUAAUUUGAAAUUUUAACCUGAAAGACAAUAAGCGCAAAUAACUCUUGCUUUUGUUAUUAGAUAUUUGAGUAUGAAUGUGUUUAUUGGUACUAUUGCUUUUAUAAUAAUUUUAGUCAUUAUCUAGUUAAUUAUGAGGGCAAUUUCCAGAUGGAUGAGUUUUUGUUACAUACAUUCUUACUAAAUAACCAUACGUAGAUUCUAAGCUGCAGUCCAAAAAAUUGCAAAAGCUGUCACCUGUUUUGUUCUAAUGAACAAUGAUAAUUAAGAACAAAUUCAACUGAAAACCAAACGAUU